AUGCCAUUCCAUCCUCCUAGUUUGUCGCGGCUCCUCGCAGAGAUCAUCGUGACCGAGACCCACCCCCUAAAUCACCCAUUAGGCGCUGUCAAUGGAGGCCUUCUUCGAAUGCGCGGAAAGUUAUGCACGGUGACUACAGGCGACGGUGGAAGCCCCUAUUCAGUCGACUUGAACGCAACGCAAUCAGCAUCCCUGAUGGUGUUCUAUGAUCAGGUAGCCUCGCGGAGACUUUAUCAUCCGAAUCCUGUGGUCCUCCUCGCAGUUGUCGAACGUAUGGAUUUCGCGAGAUAUCGCGAAGGGCUCAUUCUGCAAGCGACGGGCCGUCAGAGAGGGCAGUAUGUCCGAAUCGGUGUAUGGUGGAAUCGCAACUACGAAGCGAAAAAUCCCUUCCUUAAAACGAAAGAGAGUUUGGAAUCCUUUGUGAAGACCAAAAAGUUGAAUAAUGAUGAAGAAGACCUGCAUACUAGGAUCACAGACGCAUUUAACUCGAUAACAGUCCCACCCUCAGGCUAUGAAGAGGAGGAUAGAGAGGCCAAGGCUUACACCAUCUCGAUCAUCUAA